ACUGAGAGAGUGUAAAGGAGACACAAGUAGUCCAGACUGAGAAAGAAAGCAGGGCAAAGAGACGGAGAGAGGGAGAGGAAGUGGAGAAAGAGAAAGGCAGCAGGAGGGGAGGGUGAGCAAGCACAGGAGGGAGGGAGGAAGGCGGCCAGAGAGGCAGGGGGGCCUCGAGAGGGUGGAAGGAGGGAGGAGACGGGCGGGGCUCGGAGGCUGGAGCGGAGACUAGAGACUUCAACUCUUGACUUUUCCACCACCCGGAUUCCACUCUCGCGUCCACCCCAGUGCCAACUUCUUGAAACUACCGUCUCCUGAGGAGCCCCCCUCCCCAGACUUCCAGGGCAGUCAUGUCUCUCCUUCUGCUGGUGGUCUCUGCCCUUCACAUCCUCAUUCUCAUCCUGCUCUUCGUGGCCACCUUAGAUAAGUCUUGGUGGACGCUCCCAGGGAAAGAGUCCCUGAAUCUUUGGUAUGACUGCACUUGGAAUGCCAACAAAACGUGGACCUGCACAGAAGUCAGCGACAACGGCUGGCUGAAGUCGGUACAGGUUCUCAUGGUGCUCUCCCUCAUCCUCUGCUGUCUGUCUUUCAUCCUGUUCAUGUUCCAGCUCUACACCAUGCGGCGAGGAGAGCUCUUUUAUGCCACUGGCCUCUGCCAGCUUUGCACCAGCUUGGCGGUGUUUACUGGUGCACUCAUCUACGCGAUUCACGUGGACGAGAUCCUGGCGAAGCACCCGAAGGGGGGCAGCUUCGGCUAUUGCUUCAUCCUGGCCUGGGUGGCCUUCCCCCUCGCCCUGGCCAGCGGUGUCAUCUACAUCCAUCUGCGGAAGCGGGAGUGAGUGUCCCGGGCUGCCUGACUGCCUCACCCCCCCACCCCGGCCCUACAGCUCCCAGAGGAGCAUCCUCCAAAAAAUAAAAUCCUUUAAACCAC